CACAGAAUGAGGAAGUAGUUGUUUUUAAGAGGGGAAAGUGCCGGUUCUCUGGAUAUGGCCCCGUUCCUUGUGCUUUUUCUUGCCGGGGUGGUGUCAGCUUCCCGUGGGGACCGGGAGCCGGUGUAUCGGGACUGUGUGACCGUCUGCGAUCAGAACAACUGCACGGGCUUCCGGCUGAGAGACUUCCGGGCCCAGCAGCCCCUCUAUAUGCGCCUGACAGGCUGGACUUGCCUGGAUGAUUGUCGCUAUAAGUGCAUGUGGUACACCGUCUCCCUGUAUCUCAAGGAAGGACAUGAGGUCCCUCAGUUCCAUGGCAAGUGGCCAUUUUCCCGGUUCCUGUUCUUCCAAGAGCCUGCUUCUGCCUUGGCAUCCUUCCUUAAUGGUGUGGCUAGCCUCCUGAUGCUGUUUCGUUACCGCUCCUCCGUCCCUUCCUCCUGCCAAAUGUACCGCACUUGCCUGGCCUUCUCCAUGGUCUCCGUUAAUGCCUGGUUUUGGUCCACUAUUUUCCAUACCAGAGACACGGCGCUUACUGAGAAAAUGGACUAUUUUUGUGCCUCUUCCGUUAUCCUGCACUCUAUCUACCUGUGCUGCAUGAGGACCUUUGGGCUGCAGUAUCCUUCCGUUGCAAAUGCCUUCGGUGCUUUCCUGGUCCUCCUGUUUGCCUGCCACAUUUCCUACCUGACUCUCGGGCGCUUUGACUACAGCUACAACAUGGCCGCCAAUACCAGUUUUGGGAUUGUUAACCUGAUGUGGUGGCUAGCAUGGUGUAUGUGGAGACGCUUUCACCAGCCCUAUCUGUGGAAGUGCGUAUUGGUGGUGGUCUUGCUGCAGAGUUUGGCUCUUCUCGAACUGCUGGAUUUCCCCCCAGUCAUGUGGAUACUGGACGCCCAUGCUCUUUGGCACUUCAGCACCAUCCCCCUACACUUUCUCUUCUACAGUUUUCUGAGAGACGACAGCCUGUACCUAUUGAAGGUUAAUCACGACGACGACAUCCCCAAACUGGACUAAAGGGAAGAGACUGCUGGAAUUCCACCCAGACUGGUUGUUGAAUGUGCCCAUUCUGGAGCUGGAGCUCUCAACUCAUCAAGGGCCCCCGACGGGGUCUGAAAAGUGCCUUAUACCUCAUGAAAUUGAUUGUACCCAGCCGAAGAGCGGCAAUCACUGACUCCACCUACAUCCCAAAUAUAAUCGUUCCUCUAUUGCUGUGCUUAUAAGUGGACUUUCUGCAUUCGUGAUCUCAAUCAUCCGCAUUGAACCCUCUACAUUCCCGUUUCAUGUCCUGCCUUGUCCAAAACUGAUACAAGGGGGCCUCUCGCUGCUACCAGGGGCUUAGUUGGGUCGUGAUGAGACUGGACACGUGUGUGUGAAAUGGUUGCAAUUGGUUUGUAAAGUUCACCAACAAUGAUUUAGUUAAGGGACAGCACUUUAUACUUUGCAGAUGCCCAUCAAUAAACACAAACUGGGUGCUGCUACCUUUUCAGUGGUGUCUGUGUAUACGAUACUAUAUUAUAUUUAUAUAUAUAUAUGAUAUGCACACACGCCACUGGGCUGUGUAUACCUGUAUAUAAGCGUUAUCUACAUUCCUACUAUACAGCAGUAUUGCAGGCACCUUAUAUGGGAUGAAGUAUUUCAACUGAAAAACAUGUUAGCCAUUUAAAGGGACACCGUCACCAAAGUGGGGUGAUAUACAAAUCCAAUCUUGUGUCGACUGCAGCCAUGUAAUAUGUAUACAGUGCACAAGAGUGUAGACCCCCAGGUAAGCAUUAAAGUGACUUUUCAAGAUAAAAGCAAAUCCGUGUCCACCCAAACGACAACAAUUUUACACUGUGGUGACUGUACCCCUUUAACAACUCUUAGUUCUUAUCUUUAUUUUCUUAUAACGGCUGUGUGGCGUGGGCCGGACUCUUUGCUGCCUGAUCAGCAGGGUCUGCAGAGACUCGCUGUUGCCAUAUUGUGUUUGUGUUUAAGUCUGUGCCCGGCUCUGUUUAAUUUAAGACACUGAGUCAAGUGUUGUGCCAGGGGAAGGGUGGGGGGUGCAUGCGGUGCCUUAAUGUCUGUGUAAAUGGAAGGGAUUCAUUGUUCAUGAUGCUGUGCAAUAAAUAUCAGUUGAUUGUG